GCUUUUAGUCUUGGGUGUUUUAUCUUGUCAUUGUCCUGAUUUCGCUCACUUACGAGAAACCAUACGACUCCACCGUGUGACCUACUUUCACCAGCAACCCUCACGCAAACGCUCCUCGGCAUGUCUAGCCAGAUGAAACAAAUACUUCCCACGUCUUCGGCCGUAGGGCUUGUCGACCUCCCACGUCUUGACUGCGAAACCCCGCCGAUAUCACUGCACGAAACGCAGCGGGAUGACACCGCUGCCCAUUCAAGUCGGUCGAUUGCAGCCUUGGUCUUUUAUUUGUUUCAAGACUUGCGCCUCUCACAGGAAAAGCAGAAGCGCAGGUUCGACGAGCUGGAGGAGAGAACGAAUUGUCGCUUGGACAACCUGGAAAAGACCUUGGAUGAUCGACAAAAGCGGCACAAGGAUCAUGUUGAAGAAGUUCUCAGACGAACUCAAAAGUGCGCCGCCGACAUCGAGGAGCUUGCCCAAGCUCACGCAAAGGCGGAUGGCAUCUAUGCGAGAGACGAGAGGCUGAAGAGCGAAGUCACCAGGCUUGACGAACGCCUCAACUUGUCCGGAAAUGAGCUACAGCAUCUCAACGAAGCUGUCUGCUCGUGUGUCGACAAGAAGAAUUUCGAAGCACUAUUGGAAACAAAAGUGCAAGAGCGACUUCAAGAUGCAGAGGAAAAGAUCAUGCGGCAGAACAAGACCUUGCUAGAUCUAUCUGGAGAAUUACGUAGGCUGAAGGAGGAAAUGCGGGCGCUAGAAGACCAGACGCGGAAGACUUCCAAGAGAAGGACUAGUGCCACUGUACCCAGAAAAGUCGUCGACAAACUGUCGAGGCCAGAAACCGAGCCCGGGGACAUAUACACUGCCGAGACCCAGCCGCUGGAACAACCGAUCUUAAAAUUUCAUUACAAUCUCCGUCCACGGUCACAGCCCCCUGUCGAGAAAUCUGAAAUGGUUUUGGCGGUUAGCACCUUUCAGAAGACCUCUCCCAUUGCGCCGAUCAAGUCUCACCCACAAGCCGGGAGGAAGAGUCCUGGAACCAGAACCACCGGAACCACCGGCAAGACCAUAGGUGUAGAAAAGCGCACCGCCGCAGCGUCAGAUACGGACAACGUAUUAAAUCACUUGCCCAGUUCGAAGAGACGGAAACGGCCCAGCCCACAAGCAAAUCUUGCCAAGAUCUGCUGCGAGGCACAGUGGGCGUAUGAGAAAUGUCCCGACGAGCAAAGCGAACAUGAAUUCAUAGCCGAGUUCCUCAAAUUUUCCAUGAAAAACCUAAGUCCGGUGGACAAGAAGCAACUGAUGGAGGCGCUAGGUGAUUUGGCGACUACAGAUAUACAUGGAAUGCCGAUAUUUAGACAGGAUACCGACUGGUCGGAUAUUUGGGAACGUCUAUGGACAAUCAAGGAUGUUCCGGGAAUGUAUCUCAGAAAGUCCAAGCGGGUGUAAUGAAAGGGAUUGCACUUUGCGACAAUAUGAUGACCAGACUACGCUAAUCUGGCAUUCAGCAAGAUUUAAAUAUCUGGGAUUCGAGCGAGCUAUGUAUCAACCAUCCUACAAUCUAAGUCCCAGGAUUGUCCAAAAUAAACCAAGUUGGUGGCAG